CGAUUCAGUUUUUAUCCGUUGAGAAUCUUCGCCCCACGCGAAAAGAAUGCGUCUCUUCUCUCCAGCUCCAACCUCAGCUUCCCACUCCAACUUCGCUCUCUACUCUUCGCCUCAGACCAACCGUUCGAAGUUCUUCUUCAGGACUCCGACGACCAGACCAUGCCUCGCUUCUUCUCCUCCGGUUCCGUGCUCGACGAAGCAGCAGCCGCCCGCGGUCCUCGAGAACGCCGGCGCCGGCGCCGCCCAGAGGAACGAGCCUCCGCCGCCGCCUCCGGAUAACGCGAUCGCGAUCCGCCGGCCAGUGAUGGAUUCCCCCGGCGAGGACUCCGUCGACGGUGAGGCGGCUGGUGCCGGCGGGAGUGCCGGCGACCGCGUCGAGAGCGAUCCGAAGUCGUCGGCGCUCGACGCUGGCCUGAACAAGUUCGCGGAGAAGAUGCUGAUAUUCGAGCCGGAGAGGGUGGAGUCGGGCGCGCAGGAGAAGCCGCUCGCGGUGAAUCUCGACCUGGCCUUGUACAGGGCUAAGGUGUUGGCGAGGAGUUACAAGUACGUCGAAGCGCAGGAGAUACUCGAGAGGUGUAUAUCCUAUUGGCCGGAAGAUGGUCGAGCUUAUGUGACAUUAGGGAAGACAUUGUGCAAACAAUCAAGAACGACCGAGGCAAGAGCAGUGUACGAGAAAGGUUGCCAAGCUACUCAAGGCGAAAAUCCUUAUAUAUGGCAGUGCUGGGCUGUAUUGGAGAACAAGUUAGGGAACGUAAGGAGGGCGAGAGAGUUGUUUGAUGCGGCUACAGUCGCUGACAAGAGACAUAUUGCUGCUUGGCAUGGAUGGGCAGUUUUGGAGCUUAAACAGGGAAAUGUUAAGAAGGCAAGGCAUUUGCUUGCUAAAGGUCUUAAAAACUGCGGUGGCAAUGAGUAUAUAUACCAAACACUCGCAAGGUUGGAAGUGAGAUCUAGCCGGUACGAACAAGCCCGAUAUUUAUUCAAGCAGGCAACUAAAUGUAAUCCUAAAAGCUGUGCCAGUUGGCUGGCAUGGGCACAGAUGGAGAUGCAACUUGAAAACAACUUAGCUGCUAGAUUACUAUUUGAGAGAGCAGUCCAGGCAAGCCCCAAGAACCGGUUUGCGUGGCAUGUUUGGGGACUUUUUGAAGCAAACAUGGGGAACAUCGAGAAGGCAAGAAAACUACUGAAAAUUGGUCAUACGCUUAAUCCAAGGGAUCCUGUUCUCCUUCAAUCUCUUGCUUUAUUGGAGUAUAAGCACUCAACUGCAAAUCUUGCUCGGGUGUUGUUCAGGAGGGCAUCUGAAUUGGAUCCAAAGCAUCAAGCAGUUUGGAUUGCUUGGGGGUGGAUGGAGUGGAAAGAAGGAAAUAUGUCCACAGCAAGGAAACUAUACCAGAGAGCAUUGUCAAUUGAUUCAACAACAGAAAGUGCUGCUCGAUGUCUCCAGGCUUGGGGAGUUUUGGAGCAGAGGAUUGGUAACCUAUCAACAGCGAGGAGAUUAUUUAGAUCCUCCCUAAACAUAAACUCCCAGAGUUAUAUCACGUGGAUGACUUGGGCAUCUAUGGAAGAGGAGCAAGGAAAUUCUGUUCGUGCUGAGGAGAUUCGAAACUUGUACUUCCAGCAGCGAACCGAACUGGUCGACGAUGCUUCUUGGGUCACGGGAUUUUUGGAUAUCAUUGACCCUGCACUUGACAGCAUUAAGAGAUUGUUAAAUUUGGAGCAAAACUCAGUCAAGGCAAUUGAUGCCUCAAAAAGUUUAUCAGGGUUUAAUGGAACUAGUCCUGACGAGGAGUCAGCUGGCACUUCUGAUAGUCUUGAUGGUAAGGAGAUGGAAAGAGGGAGUGGGUUUGAUUUGGAUGCUUUUGUGAGGGAGAAGCUGUCUUUGGGACCGGCUGAGUUGGAAAUUCAGAUGACAUCAUCUAAAAGUUCUCGACAAGAGGGAAACAGAUCUCCAAGAAGAAUAUGGAGAUCUGCAGAAAAAACAGCAAAAGCGAUGCCUCAAUUGACAACAUAAAGGAAAAAAGGAGAAUACAUACAUGGUAGUUCAUUUAGAACCAUCUAUGGAUGAUGAAGGAAAAUCUCCACAUCCGGACAACUUUUUCGAAUGCCUACCUAAGAGCGAUUUCCAUGAUCAGAAUGUAAAUUGGGUGCUCAUGUAAGAUGAAGAGAAUCUGUAACAUCUGUAUAUUUCCAGUCAACCUGGAGCAUCUUUAGAUCCAAGCCUUUUGACUUGAGAGGAAGGUAACAUUGCUAAUCGAAGUUGUAUCCUUCUCCUUGUUCCUUCCCCUCUCUACUAGCCAUUGUAAGUUCAUGAUUCUGUAUCAAAAGUUGUGCAUGACAUAUUGAAACAGCACGAAUGGAAUUCUAUGGAUCUUAAUCUUCUCAGCA